CCCUUCCAGUUUGGUUAUCGAAAAUAAGUCUUAGUGGUCAGCUUUGCUUACGAUUUAACUCUUUCGACCUUCCCAUUUGAAGGAUGGUACUUUUGAUGGUACCACUCUUCCAGUAACUGCGUUAGUGGGUGCUCUGGGUCUGAAGGGGGGCUGGAGGGAUGAGAGUUUCCACAGCAUCGUGACAGCAGCUGUCAGCUGGAGAGGAGCAAGGAGGGUAAGCCUUGUGAAGUUCACAGAGCAGCCGAGUGUGGCGGGAGACACAGUUUCAUUACGUGAAUGUGCAUGGCUGCCCAGAGAGAGGUACGUUGAUGUCUUUCUUUAGUUUGGUAAUAAAUGGCAUCAAAAACACAUAAGGCUGACACGAAAGAACAAUUACUAAAAAUGUAGAGGGUCAUAGAGUCAUACAACACCAAACCAAGUACUUUGGCCCAACUCGUCCAUGCCGACCAAGAUGCCCAUCUAAGCAAGUCCCAUUUACCUGCGUUUGGCUCAUAUAGAAAAUAGGACAUAGAAGAGUAGAGACACAAGAGCAGACCCUUCGACCCACAAAGUCUGUGCCAAACAUGAAGUCAAGACCAUCUCUGAUCAACCUGUGCAUAAUCCAUAUCAUAGAAACAUAGAAACAUAUCCUUCCAAUCCCUGCAACUGGGCACAAAGUAACAGGAAUAAGGUCCUAGUUUGCCCAAUCUCUCUCUCUAUAGCUCAAGCCCUCAAGUCCUGGCAAUAUCCUCAUAAAACUCGUAGAGAAUAAAUGAGUUCAACUGUUCGUAGGACAAUAUAUGUAUGUACAAUGGACUUUUGAAUUUAAUAAUAUUAUGGAAUGUCAUUCGUAUGUAGGGGUGUGCAUGUUGGGCAUUCAUAACCUUGGAAUAAUUCCAUGUCUGUUGAUUAAUGGCAGAUUAUCCAUCUAUUACAUUGACCUGGUAUGUCUCUCCACACACCGCCUGACCUGUUGAGUUCCUCAAGCAUUAUCUGCUAUUUUUCCAGUCUGUCUAUGAUUUUUGCCCAUCUAUCCCAAAGAAAAAGAGCACAGGUGAUUAUGCAUGUCAAAGACCCCAAUUGGAUCAAUACAAAACUGAAACUCUUUCUUUUUUAAGUAUUGAUCCAGUUCUCUCAGAAAAGUUAAUUAAAUCCACUUUUGCAUCUUUUUAGGUGACACAUUCGAGAUUGGUGUGUUUCUUUUCUUUACAAGGCCGUUGGUUCCUUAGCCAUUCAGCUUAUAACUGUGCCCAGUUGCUGACACUUCUUGGACCACUGUCCCCAAGUUAUCCAAUCAGAUCUGUGUGUGACUUUGGACACCACUGACCAAUUCCCCUCAGCAUCCACUGCUUCAGGGGAACCACCCCAGAUUCUCCUGUCAUUCCACCUUGACCCAGUGCCUUUCCAGGAGGUCUCGACAUCCUUCCUCAGUCGAGGUGUCUGGAAUUAGUCUUAAUACACUAGCUGACCACAAUCGUGGCUUGUUUUAGAAAUGCUAACAAGCAGCAUUGCUUUUGUUUGCUUCGAACGGUUUUCUAAAACCCCUGCCACAAUCUAAAAUGUUGGUAAGCAAAGCCCAAGACCUUUUGUCGAAGUAAUGUGUACCAGUUAGCUUUACGUUGCUUCUCCUCAUCCUUCUGCCCCACGUUAAGCACUUUCACGGGACUCUCUGAUGAAUUUUGACUGUAUAUCUAUUCAUUUGCGAGUCUAUGUGUUCUUUUACAUCUUGUUACCGCCCAACACACGUUAUUCAUAUCAGCAAUCAACUUCCAAAUUGUGCCGUGUAUCAUGAAAAUGUAGCCAUCUGAAGAGACCCUUCUACAGACUACAGUGUGGGAAACACCCAUUGCUCAAUAUUUAAUUCUGACUAUUGUGGACUACCUUCCAAUCCAAGAAACAUCAAAUUCAUUUCAUACUGAGACCCUCCAUCUGCAGAUCAAUUAACAUCCACUGAUGCCUUGAGGUCCACAGUGUACUACUCUUCAGUUUGGAAAAAACACAUUGACCAUAAUGAACUGUCCUCCUACCCAGAAAACUGCCUUGUCCACUGUUCUGUUGCUGUUCAUCGUGUAGCACUUUAAGGCCUGGGGUAAAACCACUGCCACCAACUGAAUAACAAACAGUAUAUUUCUUACCAUCCUGGGUAACAACCCCUGCCCUGUUCUACAUCAAUGCACACAGUUCAUCACUGAGUAAUCUAAGAAACAACUGUUGUCCAUUUUUCUAAUACAGACUAUAAUAAUUGUUCAGUGGUGUCCAGUACUUCCCACUAAUCCAAUACUAAUGACUAGAAAGCCUGCAACAGAAUGGGAAAUAACAAUCACCCUCACAGUAAUUGCCUUCCAGAUUAUAAAAUAACUAUACUUCCAAAAUGUGCACCCUGAAUAGGUGGCCAUUUAUGUUUGUAGUGUUUCUGGAGUCACAUGAUCAAGGUUAAGCAGGUGGGAGGCACAGCAGGUAGUGCUACUGACUCACCACAGACCUGGUCCAAUCCUGAUCCCAGUGUAGGGUUUUGAAGAUCUUCCACAUGGAUUUCCUCCAGAUUCUCUGGUUUCUUUCCACGUCCCAAAGAUGUGCAGGUUGGUAGGUCAAUUAGCAGUGUUAAUUACCUUAAAGAGUAGUUGAACGGUAGAAUCUCAGAAGAGUGGAUGGGAAUGUGUGGAGAAUCAUCAUCAUCAUCAUCAACAUCAUGGUUGAAAACAUCAACAAACAUGGUGCAUUACAACGCUAUGUACGACAGUGAUCGCAACUUCUACUGAAGUGUGGAUGGCCGUUGGAUCGCUAGGAACUCAUCUGCCCUUGUUUUUGGUCCUGCUGGGGGUCCACAGCCCCCUUCUCACCUGGCAAACCAGGUGGGGGAGACGGUUUAGUCGCCGGCGAUCCGACCAUGGAGCAGGUAGCACGGGAUUACAUGGUACCCAAUGCAGGGGAACUCCCCCCGAUCUGACCUGAAAAUGCGGAGAAUAAGAAAGUGAAUGUAGAGUUAGUGUAAAUGGUCAACAUGGACUCGUGGGACGAAGUGCCUGUUUCUGCUCUGUAUUUCUAUGACUUGAUCAGAAUUAAUUUGUUGUUCCACAACAAAUGUUAUUUUACUCAGGAAAAAGCAUUUGAUCUUAGGAUUUGGAAAGCAGGUGAAAGGCUGGGUGAAGCAGGUAGAAAAUAACAAUAAGAUAAAGUUGGUGAUGGUGCCUCACUGGCAGGAUAGGAAGCAUUGAGUAGGAAUAAAAUGCUGGUAACACUCAGCAGGUCAGGCAGUAUCUGCAGAGGGAAGAAACAGAGACCUCGCUUCAUGUGCGGGGCCCUUUGUCAGAACCAUGACGUUGAUCUUCGACACUGCGGAGGACGUGGACAGUAUGAGAGAAGCAGCCCUGUGGUUACGGCAGUGGCCGUUCUGUCUUACAGAUUCCGUCAUCAAUUCUUCUGGUCCUUUGCUCGUGGAAAUCACAAAAACUCCAGGCUGCCCUCUUGGGAUAUCGCUGUCCAGCGGGAUGCAUUGCAACAAGCACGUCAUCAUCCUCGACAAGAUCAAAGCGGCCAGCAUCGUAGACAGAUGUGGGGCUAUGCACGUUGGCGACCACAUCUUGUCAAUUGACGGCGUGAGUACGGAGCACUGCACCCUGCUGGAGGCCACCCAGCUCCUGACCAACACCUCGGACAACGUCAAGCUCGAGAUCCUUCCUGUGCACCAGAGCCGCCUCUCCCUAAAGCCGAUGGAGCAAGUUAAGGUUCAGAAGAGUGACCACCACCACUGCUGGGACCCCUGCGUCAACUACUGCCACACCUACCACCCAGGGCAUUGCAAGACACCCACUUGGAGUGCACCAACCUCCCUGUCUAACUCAGACUAUUGCAAAUCGCUGGUCCCGGUCAGCUGCUCUCCUCCCUCCUCUGGCACCUCAGGGUUCAGCUCCCAGAACACCAGCACUCUGUCGCGGACAGCCCAUCCAAUGAGCCCUCGAGCGACCAUGAUGAGGCGCAAGGUGAAAAGGAAAGAAUACAAGAGUUCGUUAUCACUAGCCUCGAGCACCAUCGGCCCAGGAGGACAGAUCGUGCACACGGAGACCACGGAAAUCUUUCUCAAGGGCGAUCCUCUCAAUGGAUUUGGCUUGCAGCUUCAGGGGGGAAUCUUUGCCACAGAACCUCUUUCGUCUCCACCGCUCAUCCGGUUUAUCGAUCCAGACAGCCCUGCGGAAAGGUGCGGACUAGUGCAGGUGGGUGACCGGGUUCUCUCCAUUAACGGCAUGGUAACCGAGGAUGGGACGCUGGAGGAGGCCAACCAGUUGCUGCGGGACGCGGCUCUUUCAAGCAAAGUUACACUGGACAUAGAGUUUGACGUGGCAGAAUCUGUUAUUCCCAGCAGUGGGACCUUUCAUGUGAAACUUCCCAAGAAGAGAGGUGUUGAGCUUGGCAUUACCAUCAGCUCUGUAAGUCGGAAGCCCGGAGAGCCACUGAUCAUAUCCGAUAUUAAGAAGGGCAGCAUAGCACACCGAACCGGGACUCUGGAGCCCGGGGACAAACUUCUAGCCAUUGACAACAUCCGGUUAGAGAACUGCUCAAUGGAGGACGCCGUGCAAAUCUUGCAGCAGUGUGACGAGCUAGUCAAACUGAAGAUCCGAAAAGAUGAGGACAACUCAGAUGAGCAGGAAAGGACUGGUGCCAUAAUAUACAGCGUGGAGCUGAAGAGGUACGGAGGGCCACUGGGAAUUACCAUCUCUGGCACUGAGGAGCCCUUCGAUCCCAUUGUGAUCAGUGGACUGACCAAGAAAGGUCUGGCGGAAAGGACCGGUGCCAUUCAUGUUGGGGACAGAAUAUUGGCCAUUAACAACAUGAGCCUCAAGGGCAAACCUCUGAGUGAAGCCAUCCACCUUCUACAGAUGGCUGGAGAGACAGUCACCCUCAAAAUUAAGAAGCAAGCAGAUCGUUAUUUUUCAAAGAAAUCCAGUGCCAUGAGUGAGUUGAGUGAACCUGAUGAUGAGCUUCCUGAUUUACAGAAGACAAGUAAAUUCUCCAAGAUCUACUCAAACACCAUUCCAAGCAUGGAUAGUGCCAUGGAGUCCUGGGAUGGCUCGGGAAUGGAAGGAGCAUUUGGAAACCAAAGUUCCUACCAUCAUCAGUCUGGAGGGGCUGUGCUACCACCUCAUGGGGAGCAGGAUACAAGCCGAAGGAGCAGCCUGCCUGCACAAAGCAGUCGUCGGAAGAGCUAUCCCUGCACAGAUGGUGCCUUCAGCAAGGAUGAUUGGGACAAGGCAGCUGGAUUCCUUAGCAAUCACAACGGAUCCGACCAAGACCAGGAAGACAAGUUUUGGUCUCAGGCCCUGGAAGAUUUAGAAACAUGUGGACAGUCUGAACUGUUGAGAGAAAUUGAGGCUUCCAUAAUGUCUGGAACUGAGCUGACUUUGGGAAUCGAAGGGCAUCUGUCACAAUCCGUGGAGCAUCCUGGCUUGGACAAGCUGCAGGCUGAGGGCUCCACAGCCGAGUGCAGUGAGGGCCAGAGUGAACACUCGCUGGCAACUGUGCCGGCAAAGGACAAAAUACUGGAGUUGAAGAAGAUCAAGGAGGAGAUCAAAGAAAUAACGUUGCCCACUCCUGUGGAAUUACACAAGAUUACGAUCCAUAAACAAUCCGAGAAUGAAGAGUUUGGUUUCAGUAUUUCGGACGGCCUCUUAGAAAAAGGGGUUUAUGUGAACUUGAUACGGCCGAGUGGGCCAGCUGAUGGCAGUGGGCUCCAGCCCCAUGACCGGAUAGUGCAGGUGAACCAGAUCCAGACGGGGGACUUUGACAGCUGCCUGAUGGCGCCACUCAUCUCGGAGUGCGGAGGGCAGCUGGACCUGGUGGUCAGCCGCAACCCCCUGGCCAUGACCUCGCGCAGCAGGUCGGAGGACUGCGAGGGGUCGCGGGAGUCCCGGCGGCUGCUGCAGCGCAAGGAGAUCAGGAAGAACACGCGGACACUGUGAGCGGGAGCAGCAGAGUCACACCCUCUCCUGCUGCCGGGCAAUUUCCAAUGGUGCUACUCUCCCUUCCGAUCGCCGUGUACCUGACUGCUGUCACGUAGCGCUCCCUAAUCCCAGCAACAAACGAGGAACGGCUCCGUGCGGGAAGAGUGGAGCCUCUCCAACAGAGACCACCACCAUCCCUAAGGACGACCAACCAUCCCGGGAUUAAAGUCUCCAGUGUACCUGGGAGAUCAGUCAGUGAGGCACAUACACACACGUUUACUAGUUAGCAAAAUAUUGGUGAGGAAGAAGCUUAUUUGACUGGAUGCAGUGAUGCGAGCAAAAGGUCUUCCUGCAGGUCCUCUGUGUCCAACUGUGGAGUGGGACGAGCUCUCUCCUCUCCUGUAUCUGCAAUAGGUUGCUAAUAAUACAAAGGUUUUACUUUAAUUAUUUUAUUCCAAGAUAUCUUUCCUUCCUUAGCCUCUGACUUUAAAUAAGCACUGGCUGGAUAUUUAAGUAGAUCAGCAACCAAUGGAUCAGAGUGUGGGACUGGGUCACCAGAUUAGGGCCUGCUGUCAGUGUGCAGGGAGGGUGGUUUCAGACCACUGACUGUAACUAAACCAGUAGUUAAUGUCCUUAGCUUGGGAUUGUUAAACCUGCUGACCUGGUAUCCCCCAGGAGGCCAGCAACAUUCUGAAAGGGGUCAAAGCCAUAUCCGACCCAGUAUCUCUUCCGCUUAUUCACAGAGGUCGGUGAGAAAUCUCACCCUUCCCAGAUCCUGCAGGAUUAGCAGGGAAUCACUCAUCAGAAGGGAGGUAGGAGAACGUCGCAAGAGACAAUCUGAAUGGGAGCUCCCUUUGGACUGAAUGAAGUUGAAGCACAAUUAAUGCACUCAGAGAGGCCAAGCUUCACACUGUGAGGCUGAUGUGCUGGGUUUGUUUGUGUGUGUUCUUACAUGUUAAAUUAUGCAUUGUUUGUGUCAAAGAUGUCAAGAUUUGUUUUAAAAAUAUAUAUAAAUUGCACUUCUAUAGCAAGUUGAAAGCCAUUAAGAAUUAGAAUCAUCUCGACCCUAUUGUUGAGUGGUGGAAACCUGGCACUUGGUAUUGCUCAGAUAGUCGGUAGAUGUCAGGUUGGUCCACUGUCCUGGACUGCCUUUCUCUCUCGUUUGCCCAAAGCUGUUAUGUCUUGCUGUGGUCCCAGGUUCCACGCUAUGGGACCAUUGCCCAGUCCCAGCUUGGUGCCUGUUAAAUCCUCACACCACUAGGUUAUGGGAUAAAAGGAGGUAUCCACUAAAUAAUUAUUAGAAACCCUUCUCAUAAGUUCAAGUGAUGGGAGCAGAAUUAGGCCAUUCGGCCCAUCGUCUACCCUGCCAUUCAAUCAUUGCUGAUCAAUCAUCCUCUCAACCCUUUUUUCCUGCCUUCUCCCCAUAACCCCUAACACCUGUACGAAUCAAGAAUCUUGCUCACCUUCAAAAUAAUUAUAGCCCUUCUUCAAUGAACUAUUAUCAAACUAAAUGAUCAAAAUUUGACAAGUCAGAUUGUGAAUUGAUUCUUGAGUCGGUGAUUUAGAACAAUAUUAAUUGUCCUCACCCAAAGAUGACCAUCCUUUCACCACGUAUCUUGAACAUUUUCUCAACCUUGGAGAGGUCAUUUAAAAAUGGUGUGAAGACAUUUCUUCUUGCAGGGAGGAGUGAAUCUCUGGAAUACUCUACCUUGGAGAGAUGUGGAGGCUGGAAUGUUUGGAGGUGUUUAAAGAUGAGGAUGAUAUAUUUGAAAGAUCAGCAAAGUGAAGAUUAUGUGGGAUCGGCACAAGGGGAGCAGAGACAUGAGGUAGAUCAGUCAUGAUUAUAGUGAAUAUGACGAUGGGCUUGAAGGGCCGAGUGGUGAAUCCUGAUCCUGUUGUGUACUCCAUUGUAAGUGCUGCUACAGUUGACCUCAGCACCCUGCUGGGCAAAUCCAUCCCACUUCACCUUCAGGCCAUUCCCACACAAUAGCGCGGGUGAGCUGGGCUGUUAAGCCCACCGCAGUGGGAUAAAUCCUACACCAUUCCCUGUCACAGGCAAGAAUCAGAAACCUUCGAAAAAGAAAGUCUGGGCAGAGAGAGUGGAAAAGGUUGUUCAUCAGUGACCACACUCCAGCACUUACUCGCAUCAUAGUCUUUCCCACUUGUUAGUCCAGUACAGAUCAGCAGUCAUUUUGUCACUGUAGUUUCAACAAUGUCAAAGACUCUUUAAUCAAAAUGUCCUCUGGUACCAUCUCUGCCUGAUAACAGUGUGCCAUACGAUGUUGUUCAAAACCCAAGUUAUUACCGGGGAAGAAUUUAAAAAAAUUUCUUGAUGUUAAUCACCAAUAAUAUUGACUGAAACUAUUAAAAAGAUUAAAAAGGCUUUAAUAUGUACCCUGCCCUGUCGAGGGCAACAGUACCUAUUAAUGCCUUUGGAACUGAUGCAUCCUUAAACUUGUAUUUUUAAAUGUGUAAUACUGAAUGGUUUAUGCUGUAUGCCCUCGAUAUUAUUUUUCUAUGAAUUUUUCUUAAUCGCUUGUAAUAGCACAAUGUGACAGACUUAAAUCUUUUGGUCCCCAGUGGGAUAUAUUGUUAAUAUAUUUAUGUAUGAAAGGAAUUGCAAUGAAAAGGUUUUUGUAUUGCAAUAAAAAAUGAUGGAGGUUGUUGAGGAUGUGGAGGUCUUUGUUCUGCACACAUUAUACCAGUUUCUACAUCCAUGGCCAACACAGCAAAAGAACGUCCAAUUUUUCCAAGGCCAACUCAUGUAUAAAGACGAUAUGAAAAUUGGUGGUAAUGCCCAUGAAUGGGUUAGAUCAUUGCACAGUGGAUAGUGAUCACUACACAGUGUAGUAAUAACUGCACACGGGAUAGGAUCACUUCAAACUGGAUAGUGAUCAUCAGUGCACACUGGGUAGUGAUUACCAUACACUGGAUAGUGAUCACUGCAUACAGGAUAGGAUCUCCACACACUGGGUAGUCAUCGCCACACACUGGGUAGUCAUCGCCACACACAGGGUUGUCAUAAGCCAUAGGAGCAGAAUUAGGUCAUUCGGCCCAUCUAGUCUACUUUGCCAUUCAAUCAUGGCUGAUCUGUCUUUCCCUCUCAACCCCAUUCUCCUGCCUUCAUCCACACACAUUGUUGUGAUCACCACACGCAGGGUAGUGAUCACCAAUGACUCUAGCAUCUCCCCCAUGCCCUUCCACACCUAGUUUCAUCUGCCCAUCAUCCCCCACCUUAGCUUAUUUCAACUAUCACAUACCCGCCUCUAUUUCCCUUUUACGUGUUUAUACUAGCAAUAAUAUUCCCCUCUACACUCUCAGUCUUGAAGCAAGGUCCUCAUUCAAUACAAUGUCCCUUUGCCUCCACAGAUGCUGCUCAACCCUCUGAGUUCCUCGAGCAACUCAUUGUUUUGCUCGAUUCCACCAUCUGCAGUCUCCUGCCGUCACAUAAAGGGUUAUGAUGACCAGCCGCAGGUGGAGCAGUCCCCAGGGCAAGAACCUGCUCUUUGUAUUUUACAAUAGAAACUCCUAACUACAGGAGGAUAUACUUCAUCCAGUUAAGACCAUUUAAUGUAUGUCGGUUACUUUCAACUAACUGACAGGGGCAGUAUUAAUGGCACCGCAGUGUCAUAACUAAUAGAGCUAUUGCCUCACAUUUGCAAUAAGCUGGGCUUGAUCCUGACCUCCCCAAGUGGGUUUGCCCCGGUUGCUGCAGUUUCCUCCCACAUCCCAAAGAUUACCAAGUGGGUGGGUUAAUUGGCUGCUAUAAUUGCCCCUCAGUGUGUAAUUGAGUAGCAGGGGAAUCAAAGGGGAUGUAAUGGUCAGGUAAGUUUGAAUAGGUUACAAGGAAAGAAGUGGAGGUAUAGGAUUGCUAGGAAUGAUCUAAGAGGUAGUAUAGAUUUGGUCUCUCUCCAUCUCUCCCUUGCUCCCUCAU